AAAUAGGUUACUAUUGUAACUCCGCUUAAUUUCGCGUUGUCAUCGAGCUGAUAAGUUAUUAAUUAACAACCUAAAUGGGAGAAGGAUUUUGGGACACAAUGAAAAUUCUCGUGGGCAAGGAAUUUACCAGGAACGUUCACGAUGACGUGCAUGAUUGGGUUGAAAAGGUCAUACCGAAGAGAGUGGACGAAGUUCGUGUUGAAGACGAUAAGAAAAAGUCCGCGUGGACAAGGAGAAUGUCCGAUGUAGACGAAGAGAUUAAUAUCACCAUCAGUGAUGAGGAGAUUAUCAAGUUUAAGGAGAGUUUGAAUUUACCGAAAAUCGAAUGCAAAUUCUAUCAUCCCGUCAUUCGACUUCGUCUAGAAAGGCUAAUGGGAACGCAAAUUACAAACCUGACGGACAGGCAGUUUAUGCUGAACUUCCAGGAACGUCUACUGGAGGACUAUGCCCACAAAAUGGACAAGAGAUGCCAGGAUAGAGAGUUCGGCGAAUUGGAACGGCUGAAAGACCUGGUCCUUAAGGAAAUAAUACCGAUUUCAGCGGCUCCUAAGCAAAUGGCCAACCAUCCUGUAAUGUUGAUUGAUAAAUUAUGCGCAAAAUUAAUCGCAGCCAGAAGAGCUCAGAUCAAGAUACCGAAGGUGACUAUUCCAACGUUCCUCUACUACGAUGAUACUCCGGAUAUCGAUACCGGAUUGAAGAUUGGAGAUGGGCACGUGUUCAGAGGUCCUGGUGAGAAACUGUGCCUGGGCGUCGAGAAGUUCCAAACAUACACCGAAGAUGACGAGCUGAAAUAUUCCAUGACUCACGACGAAUACGAUAAAUUGGUGUACGUCGAUGCCGCUGUUAAGGAGUUCCUUCAAUGCGAGAGCGUUGAACGAAUGUACUUCCUGGCGAAUAAAAUUAUAGGAACACUAAAGCUGGUCGAUGAAAAUACGCAGAAAUUCUAUGAAGACGCCGGUUCGGAUAAAUUCUUGACGGCUGAGCCGGCUCCGUAGAAAUAAGUAUUUCAAUAGUGAAACUUACGAUAAAUUUAAAAAAGUACAGUUACAUUAUCUUUAUUGUAUUUGGUGUAACACUUGUUAAAUUUUCAUUGUAGUUAAUGAGGUUCAAUGUGCAACAAUUUACCAUAUCACUUUAGCUAAUGUCGAGUGGUUUUUCGAAUUUAAGUACUAAUAGUAUAUUUUAAACAAACAUUUUGUAUGAUUUCCUGUCG